AUGGCGAAGGAUCAAGUGCGAUUUAACAACACGUUCCCACCUGGUUUUCGAUUCCAUCCAUCUGAUGAGGAACUCAUAGUUCAUUACUUGAAGAAGAAGAUCAACUCGCAUCCACUUCCAGCGCCUAUCGUUGCUGACAUUGAUCUUUACAAGUUUAAUCCGUGGGAGCUACCUGAGAAAGCUUUGUUUGGAGAGGAUGAGUGGUAUUUCUUUAGCCCCAGAGAUAGGAAAUAUCCAAAUGGGUUAAGGCCAAACAAAGCAGCAGCUUCUGGGUAUUGGAAAGCCACAGGAACCGACAAGCCAGUUCUCACUUGCUGUGGAUCAAAGCUCAUAGGAGUGAAGAAAGCUUUGCUUUUCUAUUCAGGUCGUCCACCUAAAGGGACUAAGACUGAUUGGAUCAUGAACGAAUAUAGAUUGGCUGACACAAUCAGAAAACCUUCUCCUUCUAGAUUCAAAGGUUCCAUGCGAUUGGAUGAUUGGGUACUAUGUCGGGUUCGAUAUAAAGGCUACUCAUCAAAUCAUAGAGGUGAGAAUCAGGAGAGUCAGUGCGGCUCAAAAUUAUUGAACCUGCCAACGAUCACAGAUUAUCGAAUAUUAGCUUCUGCUUUUGCCGAUGAACCUAAGCUUCCCUCAUCUGACCACAUGUCUGGCAUGAACUUUGGAAGCAGCAAAGGCGACACUUACACUUCAGUGAGUCCUCAGAUGACAAUCCCUUUGUUGGACUACAACAGUUGCUUCGACUCGCUGAAAAGAGCGUCUAAUAUCGAGGAUAGUCGACGUGGAAAUUUCAUUUCUUUUAACCGUAGCAAGCCAAACCCUGAGAACAAGAUUGAUAAUCUUCCAGACACAAACUGCUAUAGCCAAAGUCUUUGUAAUGAGGGAGCUCCUGGCCCCAGAACACUAGAUCCCGCCAUCAAUUUUCAAGAACUCAAUGAAUUACCCUUCACAGGGGGGUUCAUGCAAUGA